AUGAGUGACAAGUCUCAGGUCGACGUGGGAGAGGCCGUUGCUGCGAGCGGCGUCAAGCCGCUGGUGGGCUUCCUGGGCCCCCAGGCCUCGUACACGCAUCAGGCGUCGUUGCAAGCUUUCCCCGAACAGGACUGGGAUCUGAAACCCAUCGUCACCAUCACAGGCAAGUAUUCUCACACGAACCCCCCCCCUUCUCCUCCUCGCCAUUUUCUCCGUGACAUCUUCGAGGUCGUACAGGCCGGCGAGGUCGCCUUCGGCGUCGUCCCCGUUGAGAAUUCGACCAACGGGUCCGUGCUGUUCACGCUCGACAACUUCGCCGACCGCAACGGUCUGUACCCGGACAUCUCGGUGUGCGGCGAGAUCUACCUGGACGUGCACCACUUCCUUGUCGGCCACCGCCCGUCCCGCACCCUCGACGACGCUGCCGGCCCUAACGACGGCUCCGGCGCCUGCACCCCGACGGCGUCGGACCCGAACCCGCUCAAGCCCCGGACCAAGCCGCUGUGCAGCCUGAAGCACGUCCAGCGUCUGUACUCCCACCCGCAGGCCUGGGGCCAGUGCGUCGCCUUCCUGCAGACCUACCUUAAGGGCAUCGAGGCCAUCGAUGUGAGCUCCACGAGCCGCGCCGCCGAGCUUGUCGCCGCCGACGAGUCGGGCACCAGCGCCGCCAUCUCGAGCGAGAUCGCCGCCCGCCUGCACGGCAUCGAUGUGCUGGCCCGCACCAUCGAGGACCGCGAGGACAACACGACGCGCUUCUUCAUCAUCCGUAACGAGCGUCACCCGCCCGCCAGGAUGCCCCGCCACUGCGAACGCAAGAGGGACAGGACCAAGUCCAUGGUGUCGUUCACGGUGCCGCACGAGGGGCCCGGUGCGCUGGCCGACGUGCUCGACUGCUUCCGUCGGUACAAGCUCGACCUCACGAGCAUCAACAGUAGGCCGAGCCUGACGGCGCCGUUCAACUACGUUUUCUUCGUCGAGUUCCAAGGGCACAGGUCCCAGGACCCGGACGGAAGGGUCAAGGGAGCGCUGGAAGGUGUGGCUCGGGUGGCGGAGAACUGGCGGUGGCUAGGGAGCUGGGAGGACCAGCGAUCGUGA